GUCUGAACAUGUCCGAGGUCCGAGCGUGCGAUUCGAAGUGCGAGUGAUGGUGAAGGCAAGGCAUUACCCCCUGGUGAUAGUGAAAGUUCUCUCAAUGAUCCUUAUCUUCUUUCAGUGACAAUUUAAUUUUGUGGAACUAUUUCAACAUAGUUAAGAAGGGAACAACAAUGAGCAGGGUGGUUUAUUUUGACUUGGAAACGUCUGGUCUCUCCGAUAGAGCAGAGAUCCUUCAAAUUGGUGCUUAUGAUCCAGAUACAAAUGAUGCAUUUGAACGGUACAUUUUGCCAAAAAAAGACAUUCCCCCAGGAACUACCCAGCAUAAUGGGUUUGAGUUGAUCAAUGGGCAGCUCUAUCAAAACGGUGAUUAUCGAUCAACGGUGGGUCUCAAAUCAGCCCUCAUAGACUUCUGGGAUUAUUUGAAUGAUUUGCCUGGAGGAGCUGUAACCCUCACUGGUCACAACAUUUUUAACUUCGAUUGCCGAUAUCUUUUUAGAGGCAUAAAGUCUUGCAACCUGGUUGGUCCAUUCUCAUCUGUAAUCGAAGGCUUUUCGGAUACGUUGCCCCUUUUUAGGGAACACUUGCCCUAUUUGGCGAACCACAAACUAGGAUAUAUUCACGAAGAGAUUGUUGGCGGAGGCUUUCUUGAGCAUGAUGCUGUUUGUGAUUGCAUUGCCCUGUCCACAAUAUUUGAUGAAACGGGACUAGAAGACUAUAUUUCUGAUCAUGCCGAAUCUUUUGACGACUUGCUUCAAGAAGAUAAUGCUCGAAUCGCAACCAAACAGAGACUUAGCACCAUGACUGAAUUGAUGAAUCACGGCGUCAGUUAUAAUAUGCUGAGGAGGAUGGCUGAAGCUGGCCUUACAAUGAGCAAACUUCGCAGUAUCUGGUAUAAUGAAGGAGGGCAGUCUGGUCUAGAAGAUUACCUUUCUGAAAUAAUGGAUAAUGGUAAACCACGAGUCACAAGCCACCCAUACUCAUUGGGUAUCAUCGUAGAUGCUGUUUCACAUUUUGUUUAGUUAUGGUAUGAUUCAUAAUUUUAUUGUGAGCUUAUUCUUGGAAAAUAAGUAUCAUCCAGAAUACUUAAUACUGUCAGAAAUUUUGAUUCUUUCCCUUUAACUUUUAAGCAUCUCAUGAAUGUCAGGAAUUAUUUUUAUAAUUGUAUAUUUAAGGUGUAUGAGGAUAACACAAGGAUCUUCAAAUGUCUCACAGCUAGUGUCUGUUACUUUAGAACGAGUAAAUGUUUUUCAAGUACCUUUAGGGUUUGAAAAUGUCAUGCCUAAGCACCUAGGCAGCCUUUUUUGGGUGCUGAUAGUUUUUAUUGGGUAGAUGAUUUGGUCUUGAGCUCUCAGGAAGGACUUGUUACCACUUUCAUUUAAUUUUUCAUUUAAACCCCAUACAUAUCUUAUUAUUGUUCAAAAUUUAAGUUAGCUGGUGGAAAUGCUGCCAUCUUUAUAUUUUUACAUUAACGUUAUUUUUAAGUCAUAAAUUACACGAACACAUGGUAACAACACAUGGUAGGUACACAUGGCACAUGGUACACAUGUAGGUUACAUGUAGGUUGUUGUUCCAACAACUAAGAUCUAGAUCUUGUUUCAGAUAAGUUCACCAUUUUAUUACCCUGCUCAAAUUAGAGUAAUAGUAUCUGCUAAGACCAUAGAAAAGGUAAACUUAGCCAAAACAGGAUCUAAUAGAAUCUCUUUUUUGUUAUAGUUUGUUGUCUCCCAGAUGAAAGGACGUAACUACAUUCGCAAAUUUCGACUUGCUAAUUUUAUUUUCAUUGGGUAACUCCUGGGAAGUUUGGACUGAAAAUACCAGUGAUUUUUCUUCUAGUCACUGAGAAAAACAGCACAAUUUCAAACUGACAGUGCACAGUCGUACUUUCAAGAAAAACUGAAUGGAUUGAGUCAGUUUCUCCAAGCUUGGAAUGGAGUUAUGUUCCUUUAUCUGGAAAACGACAAAUUGUCUCUUUCUUUUAUCUCAAGAAAUCUUAAGUAGCAUUAUGCUGUAACAUUUUCAAAAAUUUGUCUAAAUUAAAAUGCUGCAAAUUUACAAGGAAUUUUGAAGAAUGCUGAUGGCUCCUAACUCUCUUGAAAUGUAUUAAAUUCUAUUAUGUAUAUGAUCCCAACUUUGUCAAAUGAAGUUAGAUCAGAUGAGCAAAUGGGUUUACUGAGACUCAUUUUCAAAUUUAACCAUAAAUUGUUCUCAUGUGUAAAAGAAAUUGCCUACAUAAUUUCAUUCCAGUUAUGUAAGCACUCUCAUUUUCUCAGAAAUAUUUUUGUCACUAUAUUUUUUAUUCCCCUUCAGGUAUUGAAACUUUUCACUGUCUUCUGUUGAUUAAGUUUCAUGGUUUGUAUUUCUAAUUUAAAGUUAAGUUUUUAUAUUCUCAUACCUUAACAUUGGACAUGAAGUGUUGAAUUGAAAUUUUCAAAGCUUCUCUCUUAACAUUGGAACUUUUCAUAGAGAUUGCAGCCUUACAGAUUAUGACCUUUCUUUAAUAUUUUUUAUUUUUGUUUGCAUUUCAAUUGAAAGAGAAUUUAUUGUUAAUUAUUUCUACAAAAAAUCGUUGAAAAUAUUUUUUAAUUUUCAUUUGACCAUUGAGCUUUGUCAUGAUGAAUUAUUUUCUGCCUUUCAUUGUCAUGAAGUAGUAGAUUCUAAUGCAUGACUCCGGGUAUUUCUUUUUCACUCUUUAUUAGAAAAAAAGAAAAAGGGAGUGGAAGGGAAAAAUUUUAUUAGUUCAUUAAAUUUUUUCCCUCUUUUCUUUUUCAAAUUUUGUUGAAUAGUUCGUUAAGAAGAUAAGUCAAUACCCACCAGUGUUUUUGUUUACCUCAAUAUAUUUACCAUUAAAAUCCAGAGGAGGUUACUCCGUCCAAGGAUUUAUGAUAAACUAUAAACCAUGCUAAUAUGGCUCCUUUCCUAGUUUAAGAUUUUUUCCAUGUUUUUAUAUUCAAUUUGUUUCUCUUCCAUUUAUAUUUUCUCUCUAUUUAAUAAAUUUAAUAUUCAUUUACAAUUAAA